AUGUUGCAGCAGCAGCCGCAGCAGCCUCUGACGGCCAACGGGGCCUCCAACGGCCGGGGCCUCGCCAUGAGCGGCCACCCCGGGAUGGCCCACCGAGCCCCGCCUCCAUCGCAAGCGCAACACCACCCCGCCGACGAGCCUCCGUCGGGCCUGGAGAACGGCGCCGAGAACGGACACGAAAUACGCCAGGACAUCGGAGACAUCCUGCAACAGAUCAUGACCAUCACCGACCAAAGUCUGGACGAGGCGCAGGCAAAGAAACAUGCGCUCAACUGUCACAGAAUGAAGCCCGCCUUGUUUAGUGUGCUGUGCGAGAUUAAAGAAAAGACAGGCCUGUCUGUGAGGAACAGCCAGGAGGAGGAUCCCCAGGAUCCCCAGCUGGUGCGUCUGGACAACAUGCUGCUGGCCGAGGGCGUGGCUGGGCCCGAGAAGGGCGGUGGGGCGGUGGCCGCCGCCGUGUCAGCGGCCACAGGCUCGGGCGGCAUGUCGCCCGACAGCUCCCUGGAGCACUCGGACUACAAGAGCAAGCUGGGUCAGAUUCGCAGCAUCUACCACACAGAGCUGGAGAAAUACGAGCAGGCGUGCACAGAGUUCACCACCCAUGUGAUGAACCUGCUGCGGGAGCAGUCACGCACGCGCCCCGUCACGCCACGUGAGAUUGAGCGCAUGGUCAGCAUCAUCCACCGCAAGUUCAGCUCCAUCCAGACGCAGCUCAAGCAGAGCACCUGCGAGGCCGUCAUGAUCCUCAGGUCGCGCUUUCUGGAUGCCAGGCGCAAGAGGCGUAACUUCAGCAAGCAGGCCACCGAGGUGCUGAACGAGUACUUCUACUCACACCUGUCCAACCCGUACCCCAGCGAAGAAGCCAAAGAAGAACUCGCCAAACAGUGUGGGAUCACCGUCUCUCAGGUCUCCAACUGGUUCGGCAACAAGCGCAUCCGCUACAAGAAAAACAUCGGCAAGUUCCAGGAGGAGGCCAACCUCUACGCCAUGAAAAACGCUUUGGGGGCGCGGCAGGGCGACGACUCGCCGCACACGCCCAACUCCACCGGCUCAGGUUCGUUCUCCGCUGACCUGUUCCUCGGGGUCCCACCCGUCAACGGGGACGCCACCUACCAGAUGGCUGUGCAAGCCAACGGCAGCUGGCAGGCUCAAAGCUCCACCCCACCGGGCACCUCGCCACCCCACAGCGACCAGUCGGACAACUCUGACUGAUCCUCUCUGGACCUCACAACCCCAACCACAACCACCAUGCGCGCGCGCGCACACACAUACACCACUGCCCCACUACCACCCAUGCCAGAUUGAGGAGAGACAAAGACCGAACGAAUGAUAUCACACUUGCCCAGUCACUCGGACAUGCUUGUUUUCUUUUUUUUUGGGGGGGGGGGGGUUGUGUUGUGUGCAUGCAAGGGUGUGAGUUGAGUCUUUGAAAAAGCGUACGUUGUCAUUUCCCUCCCUCCACAUUAGAGAUGAGCUCGCAUUUUUCUGGUUUGAAGCACACCAAAAGAUGAAUACGCAGCGCUGUGACAUUGGCACCGUUUUGGGACUCGGGCAAUAGAGGAAAUCCAAAGACUUUGUAUGUUUCUGUUUCUCUUGUUUUGGUGGGGGUGUUCCCGCCUUUUGUUAUUUCCUUUUGAUAACGGCCACGCGUGAUCAAUGUUGUCCUUUUCUUCUGUACAGCGGAGCACCUGUUUCCUCUCUACCUCUUUUACAAUAAAUGCUUUGUGUAGUCACAA